GGCAAGGCAGAGAGGGAGUGAGGGGAGAGAGCUCCCCAAAGCAGCCCUGCACCUCUGAGCUGGGAUCUGCCAGGGCACAGCCAGCAUGUUGGUCCUCAGCCUGCUUGUCUGGGGAUCUUACCUGCAGCUUUUCUUCUGCUUUGCUUCAUCUCAGACCGCCUACGUUGGCAAUGACUUCUCAGUUUCAGCAGAUCUCCCCUGUCUGGAACAGAAGCAGCAGCUCAGCCAGAGAGCAUGCUGCCUCCUUGGGCCUCCUCCUCCACCACCCAUGUUUCCACCACCACAGUUCGGGCACAGCUGGAGCACAAAGCUGCUAGCCCUGGAAAUGGAAGAGUUGUGUCAGGAGCUCAAGAUAAUACAGGCUUCCCCUCUGCCUGAAUCACAUUGCCUUUCAGGGCCUCCUGGCCCCCAGGGUCCACAAGGAAUUCCUGGUGUAAUGGGACCAAAAGGGGAGAAAGGGGAGAUUGGCAGGCCAGGAAGAAAGGGUAGACCAGGUCCCCCAGGAGUCCCUGGGAUGCCAGGACCAGUAGGAUGGCCUGGACCUGUGGGACCGAAGGGUGAAAAGGGAGAGUUGGGUGUGAUGGGAUUGCCAGGUACAAGAGGACCAAUGGGCUCCAAGGGUUUUCCUGGGACUAGAGGAGAAAAGGGAUCCAGAGGUGACAGGGGUGACAAAGGAGUCAAAGGAGACCAGGGAGAAAUGGGCUUCCCUGGGAUGCUAGGACAAAAGGGAGAGAUGGGCCCGAAGGGACAAUCUGGAGUGCCAGGACACAGAGGACCUAUAGGAAGACCUGGAAAGCGAGGCAAACAAGGACUAAAGGGAGACAUUGGACCUGCAGGUGUCCAGGGUCCACCUGGAAGACCUGGUCCUUCUGGCCAGCCAGGCCCCCCUGGACCUUCAGGAUCAGGGCAAUUUGCAAUAGGACCAAAAGGGGAAAGAGGACUUCCAGGGCCUCCAGGAAGAUGUCUCUGCAGAUCCUCACACCAUCUGAGUAACCCCUCAUAUGAGGAGUCUGUCUUUGGGCACACUUAUCCCAAAGUCCCUGCGAUAUUUGUGGUGAACAAUCAAGAAGAACUGGAUCGACUAAACACCGAAAAUGCCUUAGCUUUUAGAAGAGAUCAGAGGUCUUUGUAUUUCAAGGACACCUUUGGAUGGCUUCCAAUCCAGAUCAGCCCUUUCUAUCCUGUGGAUUACCGCCUCGGGGGUGGAGGCACCUGCGGAGAUGGGAUCGUUCAGGACGGGGAAGAGUGCGACGAUGGCAAUGCGGUCGUGACUGAUGACUGCAUAAGAUGCCGCCGAGCUUACUGUGGAGAUGGCUACAGACACGAUGGGGUUGAAGACUGUGAUGGGAAGGAUUUUGGGUAUUUGACAUGUAGGACAUAUCUCCCUGGGUCUUAUGGAAAAUUGAGAUGCACUUCUUACUGCUACAUUGACUCUACAGAGUGUCGCUAUUUCACAUGAGGGGAGCAGAGAUUGGAACAAAAAUAGGACCACUGCAUCCUGUCUUAAUAGAGAAACGUCC